AUGGCAGUAGAGUCAAGUGCAUCAUCCCCCACCAUUGCUCCUCUACAAGAUAGAGUAGCAAUAGUCACCGGCGCCUCUCGUGGGAUCGGUAAAGAAAUCGCUCUCCAUCUCGCUUCGCUCGGUGCAAAAGUUAUAGUCAAUUACACAUCAAAUCCAACACUUGCACAACAGGUUGUAACUCAGAUUAAUAGCUCUCAUGGGACUGAUCAAACCCGAGCUUUUGCAGUUCGAGCAGAUGUGUCUGAUCAAGCCCAAGUCGAGGCACUUUUCGAUGCAGCAGAACAAGCAUUCUGCGCACAACCCAAUAUUGUCGUAACCACAGCCGGGAUUCUUGAUCCUACAUACCCAUCUAUAGCUGAGACUACACUUGAAGGGUUUGAUAACAUGAUUAGUGUGAAUGUCAGAGGGACGUUUUUGUGUAUACAGGCUGCGGCUAAGCGGGUGAAACGAGGAGGGGGUGGAAGGAUUGUGACGUUCUCGUCUUCAUUGACGGGUGUUUUUCGACCUGGGUAUGGAGUGUACACGGCUUCUAAGGCGGCUGUUGAGGCUAUGACGAAGAUUUUGGCAAAGGAACUUAAGGGGACACGGAUUACUGCUAAUUGUGUUGCACCAGGUCCGAUUGCGACAGAGCUGUUUUUAGCUGGUGCGGACGAGAAGCGUAUACAAGGAGCUAUUGAUGCUUCACCGAUGCAACGCCUUGGCGAGCCUAAGGAUGUUGCACCGCUUGUCGGGUUCUUGGCGGGUGAUAGUGCUGAAUGGGUUAACGGACAGAUCAUUAGAGUAAAUGGUGGGUUUGUGUAGGCAGCUUGGAAAUGUCUUCUGGGUAGUUUAUACAAAUAAAUUUGUUAUGUUUCAAUACAAGUGUAUGUGUAUCCAUUUAAUCCUUGAAUGUUAAGGCUCUGAGAUAAGUUUAAUACCAUAAGAAAACAAGGCAACUCGAUCAAUUUGAAGCUAAUAAGCUCGCCUAGCAUGCCAAGGUUAGCAUCUUGGGCGGAUUAUGCGUCUUAAAACAGAUGGGAGAUGGGCGGACAAAAAAUUACAUGUCUUAUAACACAUGGGUGAAAUAAUUCCUUAAAGCGGGUACUUGAAAACGCGUUAUAAUACCUAAACACUAGCACUUUAGAGCGUUUUUUAGUCAUUGCUUCGGAAGCCCAUUUGAUGAAAACCCACCAUAUCUAUUUUCUUAGUAUCUUAUGACGCCCUGCACCUUUAAAAACUAAGAUUGUCAUAUAUUCUCUUAGUUCCUUUGAGAUUGCUACUGAUAGUCACAUGUUAUGUAUUAGUAGAGGGAGAAGGUGCAUUGGUGUAAGGACAAAACACAAGUUCUAAUAACAAUACAAUUGAACAACUAGUAGGAGUAAAAAUCUUUGGAUAACAUCAACAAGCAACUAAAACACACACCUAAAUUACUACAAUUAAUUUCAUCCAAGAUAUCUUUAUACAAUGUUAUUAAUUUAUUCACUUGUAACAAAGUACAAGAAAUUCGGGCAUAAUACCUUUUCGAACCAUGAUUAAUAGUUUCUAGAGGCGAAAUAUAAUGAUUAAACCUUGAUCAUAGCUUAUACGGGUGAGAUGAAAUGAUUGAUGAUGAUGCAAGUAUAAAACCCACAUAUACUUGAUCAAUUUCACAUCAAUAAAAAUCCCCAAAUUAUUGGGAAAUUAAAUAUAACCACCAUUAACCCUAAUAAUCUGACCAUUAACCCAUUCACCACCAUCACUAACCAAAAACCCAACAACAGGAGCAACAUCCUCCACCUUCCCUAAUCUCUUUAAUGGACUCUCAUCAAUGGCCCUUUGCACCAUUUCUUCUGUCUUACCUGCAUAAAACAUCUCUGUAGCAAUCGGUCCAGGCGCUACCGCAUUCACAGUUAUCCCACUUCCUUUCAAUUCCUUCGCCAGUAUCUUCGUCAUGGCUUCCACGGCCGCUUUUGAUGCCGUAUAAGCUCCAAAUUUCUCCCUAAAACCUGCCGCCAAUGACGAGGAUAUAGUCACUAUUCGCCCUCCUCCAC